AUGGAGAUGAGCAAGGAGGCCGUCCGCGUGGGGACCCUGGCCCUGAUCGGGACAGUGGUGAGCACAGAUGAGCCUAGCCCUGAGGCCAGUGGACCUCCAGGCGGGCUUUCCUCUUUCAGAGCCCAGAAUGAGCAUCAGGACCAUCUCCCUGGCCAUCCGAGUGGUCAAGAACACACUCUCGACACCCGGUCCAAGGUGAGGAUGGCCAUGCUCCGCAUCAUCGGGCAGCUGGCCCUGUCUGGAUUCCAGGACAGGAUCAAAGGCUGGGGCCUGAAGUACGUGUCUGUGCAGCUGACCUUGUCCACCUACAAACUGACAGCCACAGGGACAACUUUUAUCAGAGGGGCCUAG